AUGGACCACACCCCCUCGUUACCUAGAUCAGACAAGGGCAACACAGAUUUGCUGGUCUUCGAAGAUUUCUUCUCCGGCUAUGUGAUCGCCAAAGCGAGCGUAUCCAGGACGGCUCAGGCUGUGGCAGAAUCCUACGAGGAAUGUGUGUUCCACCGAUUUGGUGCCAGCGAGGUGAUCCGCCAUGAUUGCGAACCCGGAUUUAUGUCCGAUUUCUUUCGCGCGUUUACAAAAUCCUGGAUCAGCUUCAACGCGAACGGAUCCGCGGAAAGGAUGGUGCAGACUACCACAAGGGCACUUAAGAUGUAUGCCCAAGAUUUGGAUCAGCGAGAUUGGAACGAAUAUGCGAAGCGACUUACAUUCGAGAUCAACACCGCUCGGGAUCGGAUCCGCGGAGAGACGCCGCUUUACAUUGUCCACGGCUGA